GGAUUGUGCGGCCGCCACCGCCGCCGCCGCUGCCGCCGCCGAAGAAGGAUUGGAGGAGGAGUUGGGAGUUUAGCGCAGUCGCCGGAGUACGAGGACAACGACCAUCCGGCCAGAGCCUCGCCGGGCGGGAGCUGGGAGCUUCCCUUUCUCUGUGCGGCCUGCCGUUGGCUCCUCCUUCCCGUGGCCUCCGCCUCCCCGUGGCCUCCUCCUCCUCCCCGCGCCCGAGGAGCUGCGAGAUGCUGCGCCUCUGAUUCCCCUCCUCCCGCCCCUGUCACCGAGAGGGGAAAGAGCACUCGCCUACUCUCCGGAGACGGCCCUGGACUCGCAACCCAGCCGGCGAAACCAUGAGCUCCGGCCAGCAGCAGCCGCCUCCACCGCGGAGGGUCACCAAUGUGGGGUCCUUGCUGCUCACCCCGCAGGAGAACGAGUCUCUCUUCACUUUCCUCGGCAAGAAAUGUGUGACUAUGUCUUCAGCGGUGGUACAGUUAUAUGCAGCAGAUCGUAACUGUAUGUGGUCAAAGAAGUGCAGCGGUGUUGCUUGUCUUGUUAAGGACAAUCCACAGAGAUCUUAUUUUUUAAGAAUAUUUGAUAUUAAGGAUGGGAAACUAUUGUGGGAACAAGAGCUAUACAAUAACUUUGUAUAUAAUAGUCCUAGAGGAUAUUUUCAUACCUUCGCUGGAGAUACUUGUCAAGUUGCUCUUAAUUUUGCCAAUGAAGAAGAAGCAAAAAAAUUCCGAAAAGCAGUUACAGACUUGUUGGGCCGGCGACAAAGGAAAUCUGAGAAAAGACGAGAUCCCCCAAAUGGUCCUAAUCUACCCAUGGCAACAGUUGACAUAAAAAAUCCAGAAAUCACAACCAAUAGAUUUUAUGGUCCACAAGUCAACAACAUCUCCCAUACCAAAGAAAAGAAAAAAGGAAAAACAAAAAAGAAGAGAUUAACCAAGGCAGAUAUUGGAACACCAAGCAAUUUCCAGCACAUUGGACAUGUUGGUUGGGAUCCAAAUACUGGCUUUGAUCUGAAUAAUUUGGAUCCAGAAUUGAAGAAUCUUUUUGAUAUGUGUGGAAUCUCAGAGGCACAACUUAAAGACCGAGAAACAUCGAAAGUUAUAUAUGACUUCAUUGAAAAAACAGGAGGUGUGGAAGCUGUUAAAAAUGAACUACGAAGGCAAGCGCCACCGCCGCCACCGCCGUCUAGGGGAGGGCCGCCUCCUCCCCCCCCACCCCCGCACAGCUCAGGCCCCCCGCCCCCUCCCGCCAGGGGGAGAGGCGCUCCUCCUCCACCACCUUCUAGAGCUCCCACCGCCGCGCCUCCGCCACCGCCUCCGUCCAGGCCAGGUGUGGGAGCCCCUCCACCGCCACCAAAUAGGAUGUACCCUCCUCCGCCUCCAGCCCUUCCCUCCUCAGCACCGUCGGGGCCUCCACCGCCACCUCCACCUCUGUCGUUGGCCGGCUCAGCGGCACCGCCCCCGCCACCUCCGCCCCCGCCUCCCCCGGGGCCGCCACCUCCGCCUGGCCUCCCUUCUGACGGUGACCAUCAGGUUCCACCUCCUCCAGGAAGCAAAGCAGCUCUUUUGGAUCAAAUUAGAGAGGGUGCUCAGCUAAAAAAGGUGGAACAGAACAGUCGACCUGUGUCCUGCUCCGGAAGGGAUGCACUUUUAGACCAGAUACGACAGGGUAUUCAGCUGAAAUCUGUAUCUGAUGGCCAAGAGUCUACACCACCAACACCUGCCCCCACUUCAGGAAUUGUGGGUGCAUUAAUGGAAGUGAUGCAGAAAAGGAGCAAAGCCAUUCAUUCUUCAGAUGAAGAUGAGGAUGAAGAUGAUGAAGAAGAUUUUGAGGACGAUGAUGAAUGGGAAGACUGAUCUAUAUAUUAUAUAUAUAUUUUUAAGGUGAAAUACUAAACACUACUUUCUGUCUAUGGAUUCUGUAAAAUUAUCAUGUAAAUGUUCUACCAAUUUGCUGUAUAUUUUUGUUGCCUUUUUUGCUUUUUUUUUUUUAUUAAUCUGUGCAAUACCUCAUUUAAUCUGUAAAGGUUUGUCAAAAUCCUCUACAAAGCUACUCCCUGUCAUUGUGUGCAAGUUUACACCAGGAUGCUCACUUAAAUUUGUGAAUAUUUGUCAUUCCAUCAACAAGGGAGUUUAAAUAUUAUAUGUGAGACUGACAAAAACCUUAAUGUAAUUUAGUUAUAAUGCCAGAAGGAAAACACUAUUUUCAUACCCUACUUUUUCUGUACCUAAAUUUUCUUAUUAAAAUCUAGUAUAGCACUACAUUCUUUUUUAAGUGAUGCAGACCUUAGUUUAUUUAGCCCCUCCAUUUUGAACACCAUGCUACAUGAAUGUUGAAGCAGACACAUUGCACGGUUCUCUAGACAUCACUACACCGAUGCAGGUUCUCAAAUUGUAGCAGGAUGCUCUACGGAAGACCACUACAGAGGCCCUAGUCGGGAAAACCCGUAACACUCCUCUUCCGGCAAUAUUGCCUGUUCCUGUACAGAGGGGUAUGUGGAGGCUGGGAUCCUAAGGAGACCUUGCUUACCUGUACUUGACUGAGAUUAUUCUUAUGCUAUAGCAAAUGUGUCAGGCUCUUUUUGGCAAAAAUUUAAAAAUAUUUUUGGUAUCAAUCUUCGAUGGUUAUUUAAGUUUUUGCAGUUUGGGGAUUUUAGGGGUAAUAUUCUCCAUGAACUGAAGGAGGCAAUACAUAAUGGUCACUUCAGUUUUGGUUAAGUACGCUAUAAAAUCAGAACAUGAUGGAAAUGAUGUGGAAUUAUCGGGUAGUUGUAUGGGUUGAGGUAUUCAGAAAUACCAACCAUACAAAUGUAAUUGAGCUGGCCAAGGUAAACACUGUAAUGCUGAACUUAGUACACUAUUUAAAUUUUUCUCUUUUAUAAUUUCUCAAGGUUUUUGUCAACUGUCAGGUGAACAGUUACAUUUUUCUUAAAAGAUUGGUGUUCCCAACGUCAAAUUUCUUGAGAGACAUAACUGAAUGCUAGAUUUAAAAUAAAUAAAUAAAUAAAACUUUACAACCUGCA